AUGAUUGUUUUCCUGCUGUGUGCCACUUGCAUUGGUGUGUGUUUCAAAACCGGCUACCACUUGACUUAUUAUGCUGUGGCCCAAAAGCUGUGUCAUGGCAUAAAAUGCUUAUCAGAGGAUAAGCAGUUGCUUCUGGAUCGAUCGAACAGAAGUGUUCAACCAUUUCUGACUGCAAACUUAAACCUCUCACAGAAUGAAUUCAACUGGUGGAAGGAUUUGCAGGCUGAAAGCCGUAGCUUUGGAAUUUAUAAAACAACGGUGGCCAACUUGUUUCAGAUCUUCCCACGGAAUCCAGAUGUUAUACAACCCAAAUAUGGCCACUGCAGGACUUGUGCUGUGGUGGGUAAUUCUGGUAAUUUAAGGAGAUCGCAUUAUGGACCGCUGAUAGAUUUACAUGAAGUUGUCAUAAGAAUGAACGCUGCUAUUACCAAAGGAUUUGAAAAAGACGUUGGGAACAAGACAACUCAUCGUGUCAUGUAUCCAGAGAGUGCUGUUGAUUUGGAUGACAACAUUCAUUUUGUGCUGUUUCCCUUUAAGAUACAGGACUUUGAGUGGCUCAUUAAUGCCUCUACAACAGGUUUUACUGGAAGGUCAUAUAUGCCAGUGAAAUCAAAGAUCAAAACUAACAAGGAUUUGGUCAUGGUGGUAAAUCCAGCUUUCAUGAAAUAUGUACAUGAGGUUUGGCUUGGAAAUAAGGGACGUUAUCCAUCCACUGGCUUUAUGGCUUUGAUUCUUGCACUUCACAUUUGUGAUGAGGUUGAUGUGUUUGGUUAUGGUGCUGACCGUGAUGGAAACUGGAGUCACUACUGGGAAAUACUCACAAACAAAAGGUUAAGAACUGGAGUACAUCCUGGAAAUUAUGAGUAUAACAUCAUCCAGCAACUAGCUCAGCAACAAAAAAUUAAGUUCUAUGAAGGCCUAAUGAAAAAAAUGUGAUUGAAUGCCAUACACUCAGUGGGUAAAGUACUGAAAGCCAAAUGGAUGUGUAUCUACAACUAUAGUUGUCUCCUAACCCUUCUAACUGAA